AUGUCGGUAUUUCUUGCCACGGUCCCAGCUGGGACACAACUUUACCAUGGAACCACUGAUCCAGAUAAGAUCGAAGGCAUACAAUGGCUCGCUUUUGAGCCUGAGCAUGCGCUGAUUUUUGCACGGCCAAAAGGAGGACCUCCACCUGGCAAUGGAGGUGAACCCCCAAAACACAAAGAAGAAUCAGCAUUGGAGGACAUGUCAAACCGCAGUUCCCAACAAACUCUCAAGGCACCUGUCCCAGCAAAGAACGGCGACACCGGCUAUCUUCACACAUAUGUCCCCAAGCAUCCCUUACGCCUCCUCUACAUCGAUGGUCUCUCAGCGGGGAAAACCGCCAACGGCACACUCGACACUCAAGACAUGCUGCUUCUGAACCAGACCUCCACCGAACCCCAUGGUCCCAUGGGUGGCGAGUACGAGCGCGCCGAAGGGCUGUGCAAUCUGACCAGCACGUUGUGGGAGGGGGAAAUCGACGGUAUAUUGCGUCUGGAAGGCGGCUUCGAGAUCAUCUUGUGCGACUUUGGAAAGCACCUGAAGAGAGUGGAUGUCAUCAGUGUGACAGGAGAUGAAGGACGCGGUGGACCAGGAAGAGGAGGGGUUAUGGGUGGAUGGCAAUACAUCAAAGCAUUCACGUCGCGAUACCACGGCAUCGGUGGUGGAAGGGUGACCCUAGACUACGAAAACUUCGUGAGCGUAUUCGCAUACCCCGAGAUCGAAGACUUGUUCUCCAACGACGUACAAUCCGACUACGCGAUGCCGCGCCUCCAAAACGUCAAAGAGGAAGAAAUCCUACGCAUCCGACAAGACAUCACAAAUAUGGUUUUACAAAAAAGUAAAAACGCAGGACAAGAGGACACAAACUGGCAAGCCGUCGCAGACCAAGUCAUAACCCGAUACAGCAAAUCGCUGCACUACAUCCACAACACGCCACACUUGCGCACCAACAAACUCGCCCUCUCAAACUACCUGACCGCCCUCCUCCGCCCGUUCAUCUCCCAAGCUCGCAACAGCACCCUCGAAACACAGCGCUGCGUCGCGCAGUUCGUCGCUCCGCUCACGCAUCCGCCGCUACUCGUCUCCUCUCUCGCGCACCGCACGCUCCACGAUGUUACGAGCCAUAUCUGCGAUACGCUCUUCACCGCGCUGUCCAUAUCGUCUGCCUCGGUGUCACACGCGUCGUUUGCGGAAGUAUACGCCACACAUGCGGUGGAGGUUAUUGAUGAGUUGGUGGCGUGGCUGCAGUGGACUAGCUGGAAAGAGUGUGGGGUAUGUGGGGACGAGGAGGUCUGUUUUAUUCCUGUUUGGCCGAUGGGAUCUCAUGCGGAUCAUGAGAGGCCGCAGUGUUUGGAUGAGCGGGGUGUGGAGGGGAGGAGUGGGUAUUGGGGUAUGAGACGGGGUCCUGGACCUCCGCCGCCGGGGAGGAGGGAGUAG